GCGAUGACGAGGUCCCAGGGGUGGAGCCCCUUCGAACAGAGACGACGCCGAGGAGCGACCGCGAAGACGCCACGGUCUCCGCCGAGAAUGAAUUCUUUACCAAAGAAAUGGAUUCCAAAUCAACGACGGAAGUCAAAAAGAAGUCCGUCGGCGAACUCAAGCCGAAGCAUUACAAGUCAUCGAAGGACGAUCAGAGGUUCGACUCGACCACGAAGAGACCACCCACGACAACUAUGGAGGAUGAAUCUUCGACUAUGGCGAUGACGACGAUGACGACGAGGACGAGAAAAAUGAUGGAAGAUUCCACGGAGAAUGCGAGUCCUUUCCUGGUCCAUGGGGCACCCAUGACGGGCCCGAUUAAUGGGGACGUUUACCGUGUCCCUAUGGGGCCUUACGAGGAAAAGGCUAAGCCCGCCAUCCACGGUCGAACCGAGGACGACCACAUUAUGGUCGUCACCGAAGAAACCGUUCCUUCGAGGGGACGUGCUCUGAAUGUCACCGCUCCGGAGCCGACCAAUUCUCUACACGCUAAUGUGACGGACCUCAGCAACGUCAGCAUGGACGAUGACGACAAAGAAGUGGAAGGCGGAGAGUACAUUGCGUCUCACGACGAUGGGAAGAUAUCUGUGCCAACGGUAUUGCUGCCGACCACGACGAUGUGCAUCGAUGGGAAGAAAACGUAUUCGAUGGGUGAGGUGGUAACGAGGGAUUGCGAGGAAAAGUGCGCCUGCGGGGAAGGCGGGAAAAUAGUCGACUGCAAGCCUUUGUGCAUGAAACCAUUGAUACGUGCUGGAAAGGGAAGUCAUGACCCUCUUUGCGAGGAAAAAGUGCUUCCGGAAGAGCCAUGCUGCGCCAAGCUGGUCUGCGCCGAAGACUCAGCUGUGGAACCGGAGGAAACCUGCGAGUUCAGGAAUAAAACCGUGGCCAGGGGCCAACGGGUCGAAGAUGGCUGCACGAAAGUCUGCGUUUGCGAGGCCGAAGGACUUCUUAAAUGUCAACCGCGAUGUCCACCUAGUGACGUCACUCCUGGGGUAAAGCAACACGAUCGAUGCGUCGUCCUGCCCGAUCCUAGAGACUCCUGCUGCACGAUAACUCUAUGCGACGUUACUCUAGGCGAUCAAGAAAUAAAGGCGGAAAAUCCAUCGGAUCUCUCGGUUAACUUAACCGACGUUAAAGUUCUUAACUCCACGGCGAUUAAAAUCAAACUGUCGGCGAAGUCAUCCGAAGAUAUCGUGAUCGAGCUGUCCGACAACAACCACCUAUGGAGGCAACUUAAACCAGACAAGGAUGGGAUCAUAUCCAAUUUGGAGCCCGCUCGAAGUUACUACAUUCGGAUCUCUGAAGGAGGACGACCAGGACCCGCUCUUCAAGUCUCUCUUCCGGCGGAAGUGAUAAAGACGAGUAUAGCUGAGAAAGGCGACAAGAAUAUGUGCACUCAUCGUGGAAAAUCUUACAAAAUCGGCGCAGAAUGGUACGACGAGUGCAUCUCGUUCUGUACAUGCAGUAACGGUGGGAAAACCGAGUGCAUCACUAUCGAGUGCCCCACGGAUUCUGGAUUGGACGUUCUGGAUCCUCAUUGUAUAGACUGGGAAACUGUACCAGCGGAUUUCGAACCUAAACCACCUUAUUGUUGUCCCCAGGAAGUGCGCUGCAAGAACAACGGGUCUUGCGUGUACGAAGGGCGGUUGUACGACAAUUGGAGCAAAAUCCCGACGAACGUGACCGGCUGCGAGAAGGAAUGUUUCUGCGACAUGGGGAAUGUUACUUGUCAAGCUGCUUGUCCCCCUGUACCCGCUUUGCCCCCUGCUAAUUUGCAUUGCCCCUCGGAAGAAGCCGUCCUGAUGAAUCCACCUGGUGACGAGUGUUGCGUACAUUGGGCUUGCGGGCCCGCGACGAAUAAACCUCCAGGAAAGAACGCGACGACCACGUUAACCGGGCCCUUAGCGAGUAGCAAAAGACCGAAUAACAAGUCGGAGUCGUUCGGGCCCAUCCAGGACUCGGGAAAUGGCGACUCCCUCCAAUGGGACCCGAAAGGAGUCCCACCAUAUCCCGACACGACCGUCCACUAUCCCAUGGACCCGGGGCACCCGACGAUCCCAUACAACGGGCCAUACAGCCCCGAGUUCCGACCGACCCCGCCGACCGUCGAAGAAGUCUUCCACCUGUCCGGCCAGCCGGAAAAGCCAUCCCCGAAAGACAAGUCGAAGUCGAAGUCGGACUCGAAGAAGCCGGUGGAGUCCUUCAAGCCGCACAAAGAGUCGUCGGAUCAACAGUUCCUCGGGCCCCUAGACCCUGGAAAAUUCCUGGACAAGUCCAGGCCACCUCCCGGACAGGUCCACGAGGUCCCUCCACCUUACGUGGGUCCUACGAACCCUAACAAGCUCCCUCCGCCGCAGAAGGGGAACCACGUCCCCGAGCAGGCUCAAUUCGUACCUUUGCACAAAGAGACCUUCGACUUCGGCCCCGAUAACGGGGACGUCGAGGUCGACCGGUACGAAGGGUAUCACCCCGAGGCCAGACCUCCGUACAGACCGCCUCCCCCUCAGAUCAGACCCGGGGACCCGAAUGGCAUCGUUCAGGUUAGACCCGACGAUCCUAACUUCCCUCAGGUUGGACCCGGAGAUCCUAACUUUGCCCAGGUUAGACCCGGAGAUCCUAACUUUGCCCAGGUUAGACCCGGAGAUCCCAACUUCAUCGGCCAGAUUAGACCCGGUGACCCAAAAAUGAGGCCCGACGACCCCAACUUCAUCGCUCAAGUUAGACCGGGCGACCCCAACUUCAUCACCGGCUCGAAAAAGAAGGUCUCCAUCGAUCCCUUCGUCGACGACGACCGGAGAACCAAGCCACCCUCCCCUGUUCUUAAACCUGGCCAGAGAGACCAGGACGAGCUGUACCACCUGAUCAAUCUCCAGCAUCCCGGGCUGAUCCAACUCGAUCAGCGACCUCCCCAAGGCCACCCUGGGCUGUACGACCUCCACCAACAGAUCUCCGGCCAGAAACACCCUGGCAAUCAUCUGCCGGCCGGGUAUUUCGGCCUACCCUCCCCUGGGAAAAAGAAGCCGCAGAUCUUCGCCCAGAAGAACGAGAACGGCGAGACCACCUAUCACGUCCACUCGGCGGACAUCCCGGAGUCUCCGCACAGCAUCGAGGAGCUUUUGGCACACAUUAACCAGCACGAUCCUAAUCCAGGCCCCUUCCAAAGCUAUCCUGGACAGCCGGCCUUGACCCACAACUUGCCCACCGGCUCGCAUCCACCUCUGAUACCCCAAAUCGACCCUAGCGUACCGCACUCGGGACUCGUGCAAUUAAACCGUCCGUUCGCCGCACAUACGCCCAACCAGUCAGGUAUGGCCCACAAUGGACCUCCGAAUUUUUCUAUACCCGGUGGAAUCCCCGAUCUGGGUCCUCAAGGCGCCUUAUCCUCUUCUGACGAGAUCGUCGUUAAGAUCGCCGAACCCGUCGAUGCCAAUACCGUCAGAUUGGUGUUUGCGGUACCUCAAGUACUUGUAGGACUCCAUGGAAGAGUGGAUUUGCGGUACACCAGUGAUAAGGCGAACUUCGACAUAUCCACGUGGAAGUCUCAGGUGUUCGUACCCCCUGAAGACAUAAUAGCCACCCCGCAGUUGGAAUUCAACUUGGGGAACCUGAAGCCUUCGACCGAGUACAAUGUGAAGAUCAUCGUCAAGUUGAAGGACCUAUCUAACACGUUGAGCAGUAAAAUCUACAGCAUAAGGACAUCCGAGAUCACGACAUUGCCGCCUCAGAUACCAAUAGACGCGGAGCUCAGAUUAGUGGAGACCAAUUCUACUUGGCUCGGCGUAAUGUGGAAGAAAUUCACGGAUUACGAGCUGCAGUUUAUCGACGGCGUGCAAUUGCGUUACAAGGAGCAGGACGGUAAAGUCUAUGCAGCCACUCCGUUGAUUCACCGAGCAGUAAUGAACUACGUAAUAGAAAAUCUCAAGCCCUCGACGACUUACGAAAUUGGCAUCAUAAUCGUACCGUUUCCUGGACAGGCAACGGAGCUGCGAAGCGAAAAAACGAUUCAUGCGACAACCUCGAUGGAGCCGGAUCCUUACGCUUUCGACGUCAGGGUGGAGAUAAAGACGAUAAAAUCGACCGACGUCGAGGUAUCUUGGAGCGGAGUGCCAUACCCAGAAGACAAGUACGUCAACAUCUACCGAGCAAUCUACCAAAGUGACAGUGGAAAGGAAGACACGAGCACUUUCAAGAUCGCCAAGAGGGACAGUCCCGCGAAGACGAUCAUCGGUGACCUCAAACCUGGUACAAGGUAUCGGCUGUGGAUCGAGGUUUACUUAACGAAUGGGAGGAUCAAGAAGAGCAACGUUCAAGACUUCGUUACCAAGCCAGGAGUUUCGUUAGCCUCGGGGGUCUCUCAGCAAGGGAAACUUGCCUCGAUCCCCCUACACGAGGGAGACUACUAUGGCCCCUUGGUUAUAGUGGCAAUAGUAGCGUCAUUGGCGAUCCUGUCUACCUUGAUUCUACUAAUGAUGUUGAUGAAAAGGCGGACCAGCAGUAAAGCGGAUAUAUCGCCUCGUAAAACGACAUCCGCCUACGACAAUCCAUCCUACAAGACUUGUGAAGAUGUUAUUACAAACGGACGAAACAAGACGUCGGAACACGAGAUGGCGACGAUUAAUUCAAACAGCAAUGCCAAGGAAACUACUUAAAAUUCAUAACUUAUUAAAUUAUAUUUAUUUAUCCUAUAAUAUUAGUAUACGAUAUCAACUCCGUCCAUAGAUGUUUGUAUAUUAGAGCUGUGUACCAGUAAAAAUGACGUGCACGGCUUUUACACUAUACUUCGUCAACCUUGACAGUUAUUUCUUUCGAUUCAUUACUCUCUCUCUCUUCUAAACGGAUGAAGACGUUUGCAUUAAUUAAUUAUAAGUGUUUCAACGCGUAAUACUAACGAUAUACUAAAAUAGUAAAUUAAUAGGAAGCUGCAACGAUUGAUGUCUGAACAGGUUCUCGGUACACUAUUUAUUUAACCUAAGCUUAAUGACAAAAUUUUAUUGGUACACAGAAUAGGGCAAGAGAUUGUCGUUGAAUAUAACAGAAUGAUAAUUAAACACUCAACCCAUGAUAUUAAAGGCGCAUUAAUGCCUCGGGCAUUACAACUUUGCCCGACACGUUAAUUUAAAUUACGAUCAAAUAGUAUGUUGUAUGAAAGAUUGUAUAUAUGUUGUUUAAGCAAUAUGUAAUUUUUUGCUAUACUAUGAAAAGAUAAUUAUUAUUGUCGUUUCAAUAAAGAUAUUGCGAGAGAUUAA